AUGAAUACUUCAGAUAGGAAUUACAUGAAGUUUAGAAAUUUACAGCUCAAGGAAGUCAUUGGCAAUGGACAAAGUGGUGUAGUUUAUCUCGUUAAUGAUCCCAAGUACAGACGCGAUUUCGCCCUUAAAAGUGUUCCACUAACUAUGUUUCAUCCUAGUGGAGCAGAGUGUAUGAUGAAUAUAGAUGAUCCUAAUGUUAUUCGGCUCUAUAAAUUUGAGCCAUUUGAAUCUGCCGCUUAUUUAUUGGAAGAAUAUUGCCCAAACAGCUUAGAUUCAGCUUUAAAGAAGCGUGGAAGUUUCGAGAAUGAUUUGCUGUUGCACUAUGCUGAUGGAAUCCUCAAAGGCAUACGAGCAUUACAUCAACUCCGAAUUGCACACUUAGACAUCAAACCUGCUAAUUUCUUAAUUGACACAUUUAGUAGAGUAAGAGUUUGUGAUUUUGGAAUUUCAAACAAGUUCGAGUCCAAUGAAUUGUGUACUAAAUUUGGAGGGUCUGUCCCCUUCAUGUCCCCUGAAAUUCUUCAAUUACAACCUUUUGAUCCAUUUAAAGCUGAUAUUUGGGCAAUCGGGGUAACAUUCUUUAUCAUCGCUACUGGAGUAUUGCCAUGGGAAGGUUAA